AUGACAAACUCGAAGUCAGAACCGGCUUCCGCGUCGGACGCGGAUGCGGUGUUGAUACCGCAGAAGGGCUCCACUGUAGUGGGGCCUGGCGUCGUUCCGCUGCUGCACAUUCCGGACGCAAUACGGCAUUAUACCCCGCAGCACGAGAGUAGGUGGGGCUUUAGUCCAAUCAUGUCCUCUAUAACCUCUCCUGGGGACUCGAACAGCGGCACCGCACGGUGCCGCAUCUCUGGAAGCUUGCGUGGCAUGCUUGACACCACGCUCGAGGUGCCUGGCCGCCUGAUCAUUCCGCUGGAGCGACUGCGGGUGCUGCGCGGUGCGGUGCUGGGGGCGGGCUCCUUUGGGGAGGUGCUGCGAGGGGAGUUGAGUCUGCUAGUCCCCGCCGCGCGGCAGGGCCCCGCACCGUCGCGAGUCAGCUUCCCGCGGCUAUCCGCACAGAGCUGCUCCAACGCGGCAACGGGGCAUCCCGUUUCUGUCGUGGAGCUGUUCGGCGAGGAGGAGCAACCGUCAGCGGCGCGAAGCACAGUCAGUGGCACCAGCUCCAUAAGCCCCGACGCCCUGAUGCAGCCGGACCCUUGCAGCCCCGCCUCAACGGAGAGGCUGACCCUGCAGCCGUCGCCGCCGUUAAUAGCAUCGCCAGCAAUGCCGCCGUCGUUGAAGCCGCUAACAACUUCGUCGCCACCGUUGCAGCCCCACCUGAAUAGGCUGCUGAGAGACAUCGUUUGUUUGCAGGCACCACUGUCGGACGACGCCUUCACGGAGGACAGCAGCAGCUUGUUGCGGCCUUUCCUCCGCCCUGCGACGAGCCGAGCCGAGGUGGGGGGCGCAUCUACGGCGUGGAAGGACAGGGCCUCAGCUGCCGCCGAUGGGGGGGUGAUCGUCAGGCCCGUGGCGGUGAAGCGCAUCGACAAGUCACGUCUCCGGCGGUGGCCGAAGAUGCUCAAGUCGUUUGGGUCCGAACUGAAACUCACCGCCUCCCUCCGCCACCCGUGCAUCGUGAGGGUGUACGGUGCGGCGGAGGACGACGCCGAGCUGUACCUUGUCAUGGAGCACGUCCUGGGGGACACGCUGGAGCAGCACAUCAAGACCCACAGGCCGGAACGCACGGCUCUCCUGGCGCCCCGCUUCCUCGCCGACGUUGUGCUGGCGUUGGAGUACCUGCACGCCGCCGGGGUCGUCCACCGCGACGUCAAGCCAUGCAACCUGCUGGUUACGGAGGACAAGCACGUGGUCCUCGUGGACUUUGGCUGCGCCUGCUACCUCAGCGACCUCGCGGCGAACAGCUUCGCCGGGUCCCCCGCCUACAUCUCGCCGGAGAUGUUGCGCGUGAGUAGGGCGAGUGCGACAAGUGAUCUGUGGGCGUUGGGCUGCGUCCUCUUUGAGCUCUUCGCAGGCAGCAGCCCGUUUCAAGCGGAAACCCCCGUGUUUGUGAUGCGCAAGAUAAAGGACUACCGGGACGGCGAGCUGGAGUUCCCGCCGCGCUUCCCUGCGGCGGCCAAGGACCUCGUGGGGCGUCUCCUGCGACGCGAGCCCACGCACCGCCUCGGCGCCGAUGAGCUGGGUGGGUUCAAGGAGCUCAAGGCGCACCCCUUUUUCGCGGGCGUUGACUGGAGGCAGGCGCCAAAAAAGUCGAACCUCACCUUUCUCGCCGGCGACACUUCGCUGGAGCUGCAGCCGGGUGUGUUGGGGGAUGGCGAGGGGGUCGUGCACUGCUCGCUGGUGCGCAAAGAGGGGAGCAACAUGCUAAGGCGGAUGUCCGGCAGGCGUCUCCUCGUCCUUACGGACCUUCCACGCCUGUUCUUCGUGGAGCUCUCGACGCGCACUGUGAAGCACACCAUCCCAGUCACCGCAGACCUCCACGCGAGGGCGACCUCGGCGGACUUCUUUCGGGCCGUGACAAAGGAGCGGAACUACGUCUUCCGGGACCUCAGCGGGCACGCCAGCCGGUGGGCCACGUGCGUCAACGACAUGGUGAGCCGCCUCUACCGCGUGUCUAGCCGCAGUGCCGCGACCACAAACCUGAAGAGCGGCAACAGCGGUAAAGCAGGUGGUCACCGUUCGAGUGCGUGA